AUGUUGUUAUUGACACAAUCAUCCUCUCUGAAUGCUUCCUUUGAGUCACCACCACCACCUUCGUUCAAAGUUGUUCCAUCAUCCUCUCAUCCUCCGAGUAAAGAUGGUGCUAAUGGUGGUGGUGCUAGUAUUAAUACUACUAGUACUACUAGUACGACAAAUCGUACCAACACUCGGAAUGGUCGUAAUGAUGAAAAAUCGAAAGAAAAUCAAAAACCCUUAGAAACAAAUGUGAUUUCCAACAACAACAACAACACUCGACUCAACAGUAAGCCAUCAUCCUCCUCCUCUUCAAACAAGAGUAAUAUCACAACAAGAAGCACUAAGAAUGUCACUACAACCAAGAAUACCAAUAAUAAUUCUAAUAUUAAUUCUAAUACCAAUAAUAAUAAUACCAAUAACAACACUAGUAAUACAACACCAACAUCAUCGACUUGCUCUUCCUCUUCUUCCAAUCGAUCUUCCUCAAGUGCUCACAGUCACCAUUCUUCAUCAUCAUCUGCAUCCUCUCUUGGAUCUAACACGAGUACUAUCAUCACCACUACUACUAAUACCACCACUAAUACCACCAAUCAUCUCCUUUCACCUGAAGAAACACUCCUUCUUCAAGAAGUGUGUUCAGAAUCUUACUGUCCUUUACUCAUGUCAUCCAAACAUCAAGAUCGUGAAGAAUUCAUGACUCGAUUAAUUCAAUGGAUUGAACAAUCUUCAAAUUUACCACAUGGAUUCAUGUUAUUUCCAUCUGUUCAUUUACCUAUAGAAAAAUCAAAAGUGUUAAAAGCAAUUGCUAUUAUUUUGAAAAUGACACUUGCUGACAAGACCAUCAAGAUUGUAAAAUUAGCCUUUUCAGCAUGUACUUGUUUAUUUGAAUCAGCUCCAGUGACAUCUGCUAAAAAUUUAACCCAUUUGAAAGAAGGUCUCUCUCUCAUUCUUCCAUUACUCAUGGAAAAGGUUAUUGAUUCCAAUGAUCGAAAUAGAAAGAGUGCAGUUACAACCCUAACAAGAAUGUCAAUGGUUCAAGUCAUUUCAAAAUUAGUCAUUCAUGAAGCAUUGCAAUCAUUGAGAAAGACACUUUCACCAAAGGCCAUUCAAGGAAGAUUAUCUCUCAUUGAAUCACUAAUUUUAAAACAUGGUUUGAAUGUUCCUAUGAAUCAUGCAAUGAAUAGUAGUACUAUGGCUACUACUCCUAAUACUAUUCAUACUAAUCAUACUAAUCAUGGACCAACCAGUACGACAACAACAACUACCACCAAUUCAACCACAACCCAAACUCACACCAACUCCACCACACAUCCCAUUGAAGUGAAUGGUCCUCUUCUUCAAAUACUCAAUGAAUGUCUCUCUCAUAAAACAGCUCAAGUCAAAGAUUCAUGUAUUGACUUGUUAGUCAUGAUUCACAAAUUAAUUGGAAGAGAAUACUUUGAACAUGUCAUUUUAGAUUCAUUAACAUGUAAAACAAGUGCAACCAUUCAAAAAAUUGAACAAAAAGUGAGAGCUAAAAAACAAGAAGAAUUAGAAUUAGAAAAAAAGAAGGAAGAAGCUAAAAAGAGACAACAAUUUGAAGAAAGUCAUAUUGAAUUCAAACCAGGUGAAAUUAAUCGAGAAUUAUUUUUGAAAAAAUCAUUAAGAAAACAUUCAAGUGGUGAAUCGAUUCGAUCCUAUUUGAAAUCACUGACUCAUUUACAUUUUGAUUCUUGUAAUAUUUCUCAAAUUGUUAAUUUAGAAUUUUGUCCUAAUUUGAGAGUACUCUAUUUAUAUGAUAAUAAGAUUUCAAAAAUUGAAGGUCUCUCUCAAAAUAAGAAUCUCAUUCAUUUACAUUUACAUCAUAAUUUAAUUGAAAAGAUUGAAGGAUUGGAUGCAUUGGUGAAUUUACAAAAAUUAUAUUUAAAUCAUAAUCGAAUUAGUCGAUUAGAAGGUUUAAAUCAAUUAACAAAAUUAGAAGAAUUGUAUCUACAACAUCAAGACACUCAAGGAAUGACCAUUGAUGAGACAGUCAUUCCAUGUUUAAAGUCCCUCACUCUUCUCGAUCUCAGUCAUAACAAGAUUGAGAAUAUACUUCCAAUUGCUACUGCUCACUUGGAUCAUCUCAUUGAAUUGGAUUUGAGUAAGAAUAGAAUUCAUCAAAUAGAACCAAUUUUACUUUUAUUAGAAAAUCACACUCGAUUACAUUCUCUCAAUUUAUUGAAUAAUCCAAUCUGUGCACAGAGUACGAGUGGUGGUGGUGGUGGUGGUGGUGGUCAUGAUGGUCCUUUUGAUACUACCAGCACCACCACUAUUCCAACCACUACCAGCACCACCACUAUUCCAACUACUCCUCAGAUGAGUUACAAGAUGAGAGAUUUACUCAUUCUUGCGAGUAGUUCAAAUCUCACUCGAUUGAAUCAAAUUGAAAUUACGGACAUUCAGAGAGAUUUUCUACUUGGAAAAAAGAAUAGAAGUACUACAACAAGUGGAGGUGGUGUCAAUUUGGGUGGUAAUUCAACUCUAGAAUCAUCACCUGAAUCAUCAUCUUGUCAACAACAACAACAACAACACUGUACAAUGACUCACUCAAUCAUUCCUCAUCAUCUACAUUCUAAAAUGAUCAAAGAUUCUUCUGUGAUUCAUGCAACCAACAACAACAACAAGAACCACAAGUUAGAUUCUCCUUUGAGUGAUCUCUUGACCAUUAACAAAUGA